GGGCGCGGAGCCCCGCACUCGGGAACCCCGACGCACGGGCAGACAGACGCGCCUCGCCUCGCCGAGAGCCGCUCCGCUGCAGCCGCCGCCAUGCAGGGCACCGUGAGGCUGUGGGUGUCGGUGCUGACUUUCGCCCUGUCGCUGCUGGUCUGCCUGGGAACGCUGGCAGAGGCGUACCCCUCCAAACCGGACAGCCCCGGCGAGGACGCCCCCGCAGAAGACAUGGCCAGAUACUACUCGGCGCUGAGGCACUACAUCAACCUCAUCACCAGGCAGAGGUAUGGAAAGAGAUCAAGCCCAGAUACACUGAUCUCAGACCUCUUGUUGAGGGAAAGCACAGAAAACAUUCCUAGAUCCAGGUUUGAAGACCCUUCGAUGUGGUGAUGGGAUUUUCAGCACACCUUCAGAACUUUUCCUAAUUUUCAGUUCCACACCUCUGAAGCAAAUCAUAGUGUCAUCCCCAGUGCAUGCAGCCAUUAUUGUACCGAAUUCUGUAGAGUUUCUCUCCUUCGUCAUAUUUGUAUAUACCUUUAUUUAAAUAAAUUAUUUGUGCAUUCCAAAAUAUAACAUACUAAAUGAAAACAAACAACCAUGUCAUUGGUAUAACAAAGCAUUGUUUUAAACUAUUAAAACUGAAUUAUAACUUC